GAGCAAGCCGCUGCUCUCUUCCACGACAUACAACGCGCGCACCACAGUCCCUGACGCUUGCUAGCGGGCCAGGACAUGAGAAGGGAUGUUCGGAUUCUACUCGUAGGCGACGAGGCUGUCGGCAAGAGUACCAUCGUCACUUCGCUGAUCAAGGAGUCGUUCGUUGCCCAUGUCCAACACAUAGUUCCCGAAGUCACUAUACCCCCAGAAGUCACGCCCGAGAACGUUACCACCUACAUAGUAGAUUCCGGCAGCGGUCCGCAGGAUCGGCCGCACCUCGAGUCCGAAAUACGGAAAGCACAUGUAAUCUGCGUGGUCUAUUCCAUCGACAAUCCGAAUUCUUUCGACCGAAUACCGACAUACUGGCUACCGUACUUCCGACAACUUGGUGUUAAUGUGCCCGUCAUUCUGGUCGGUAACAAGAUUGACCUUCGAGGGGGAGAGGUCACGAACGAGGCGUUGGAGGAGGAGAUUGUUCCUAUCAUGAACGAGUUCAAGGAAGUUGAAACAUGCGUCGAGUGUUCUGCGAAACUGCCCUUGAACGUGUCAGAAGUCUUCUACUUUGCCCAGAGAGCUGUCCUUCAUCCUACUGCGCCAUUGUACGACUCAAGAGACCAUGUUCUGAAGAAGGAAUGCGUCGCUGCGCUUCGACGAAUAUUCAAGCUGUGUGAUACGAACAAGGACGGCAUCUUGGAUGCAUCCGAGUUAAAUGAGUUCCAGCGCAAAUGCUUCGAUGCCCCGCUCCAAGCUCAAGAACUGGAGGGAAUCAAGGCCAUGGUCCAAGAACACGCGGAUGGUGGUGUCCGUGACAGCGGACUCACUGAAGCAGGAUUCCUGUAUUUGCAUACCAUCUUUAUUCAGCGUGGUCGGCUAGAGACUACCUGGACUGUCCUGCGCAAGUUUGGCUAUGCUGAGGAUCUACGACUGACGGAGAGCUUCCUGUAUCCGAAAUUCGACGUGCCCUACGACUGUUCUGUGGAAUUGAGUCCGAAGGGAUACCAGUACCUCACCGACAUCUUUGAAACCUUUGACAAGGACCAAGACGGCGCUCUGAAGACGGAGGAAUUGGAAGACCUAUUCAGUACAUCCCCGGGUAAUCCCUGGGCAGGUCAGAAGUUCCCAGACACGACUGUUGCGGAUGACACAGGUGCAGUCACUCUGCAAGGGUGGCUGGCACAAUGGAGCAUGACGACUCUUCUCGAUCAUCGGACCACUCUUGCCUACCUGGCGUAUUUGGGUUACCCCGACGAACCUCGGACGAGCGCGCUGCACAUCACUCGACCAAGGAAGGUUGACAGGCGCAAAGGCAAGGUGACGCGCAAUGUCUUCCUUUGCUACAUGUGCGGAGCGGCGGGCUCGGGCAAGACCUCUCUACUUCGCGCAUUCGCCGGGAAACCCUUCAGCGAGAAGUAUGAGACCACGAAGAAGAUGAACUCUGUUGUCAAUUCAGUGGACAUUGAUGGGUCAGAAAAAUACCUCGUGUUGCAAGAGUUCGGCUCAAAAUACGAGGCAGAAACGCUGCGGAAUCCGAGAAAGACGGAUUUGGCGGAUGUCAUUGUCUAUGUACACGACUCGAGCGACACCAACUCGUUCUCGUACAUCAGUAAUCUGAGGCAACAGUACAGUCUGGACCACAUCCCAACGUUGUUCGUGGCAACGAAGUCUGAUCUAGACCUCGCCCAGCAGAGACACGAGGUACAGCCAGAUGUGUACUGCCGCAGAUUAGGGCUGCAGGUUCCUGUCGCCGUCAGCGUGAAGACGGGGCAGAUGGCGGACGUGUUCCAUGCCAUCUGCAGCGUUGCAAUGAACCCCAACUCCGCGUUACCAGGAGGCUCAGACCGCGCAAUGACAGCCGCCGCACGCAUCCGGAUGUAUGUCAAGGUGUGCACGCUGAUCGGGGGUGUGGCGACGGGUGUUGUGCUUGUAUAUCGGACAUUCGCUCGACCGGGCAGCUUGAGCAACGUUACAGCGCAGUGGAUAAACUGGAUUGUGGGCACUGCGUCGCGAAGAGAGCUCUAGUUACUACCUACUUACUAGCCUACUUCGACUAUCCGACUAUUCACCUACUUAUAACCUCUACUUACAUCUGCGUAGACCAGCUAUUUCGACCGGGGGCUGGAGAUUGUGAUCAGCGAGGGAUCGGAGGCAGGAGGGAGGCAUGAAGUGCCCGGGUCCUGGCCCCGGGAUCAAGGGACCCAGGACGCGCGACUCAGGCGUGGUGCCGGCGCUAGAUGCGCUGUAAGUACACUGCGCGGGCGGCAGAAUGACAUAUGUAACUUGAAAGAGCCUUCAA